GAGUGGAGAGGGGGAGAGAGAGGCUUGCUAAUUGCUUUGCUUUAGGUUCUGUAAUAAUUACAUUACAUUACAUUACAUAACAUUAACAAGGAGCAGUUGGCAAGAGUAGUUAAGGCCUCUGAAGAAUUUGAAUUAAGGAUACCCUUGUUAUUGUUGGUGGUGGAAUUUGUGCAGCAGAGCAUUAAAAGAGGGCAGUUUUCAUCCAGUUUCCUAAUUUAGGUGGGGGUAGUGAGCUGAAGCUGAGCCUCUGCACACAUUUCAGUCGUUGCACAAUUCAAGCUCAGAGCCUGAGAUGCUCUUUUAGCCGUUUCUGGGGUACCCAUCAGCGGAGAAUCUCCAAAAGGGUCUCUGCAAAAUUUGCCCUUUAUCCCCAAAUUCCCGGGGCUCUCCUCUCCUCCCUGAGACUUAAAGAACCGGUCAGUUGUCUGUUUGUCACUUCAUUACCUUUUACAAGUCCCCAAAUUAGCAGCUCCUUCCGUUUGAUAAUGAUGAUUGCGGUACUGGGUCUCUGCUGGAGCAUGUGAAUUUUGGGUCUUUGAGUUCAUCAAUUGGCAGCAGGAGGAGGAGGAGGAGGAGGAGAAGAAGAAGGGAAAGGGAAUCUGCUUUAUUGAGCUGUUGUUCACCUAAUGCCAUUGUUCCUCUGGCUGUACUUUAUGCUCUGAAAGGUUCACUUUCUUGUCCCUGGGAGGCAUUUCUUUACCUCUUUCCAGUUGGGGGGAGGGGCUUGAAUCUUGAUCCCGAGUUUUCUUCUUUUAUCCCCCCUUUUUCGAAAGAAUAGAACUUAUUACAAGGGGCAAGUAGUAGCUUGUGCCCUGCAGAUAUUGUGCCUGAUAUGUGGGAUUAUGUCCUUUUAACUUUGUGUGUUGUCUCUCUACCUGAUGCUGCUGCAAUCGAAUUGACAGAGAGUAAGAGAGUUAAAGAGUUGUGAGGGAGAAGAGGGAGAGGUGCCAACUUUUCCUUUUGGUUUCUCAAUUCUAUAAAGCUGCCCAAAGUUGCUUCCUUCUUGUUGAGCCCUGCAGGAGAUUUCACCUUACCAGCUAGUUCUGGUCAAAACCCACUUUACACCUUUCCAUUAUUAUAUCCUAGUUUUCUUCACCCUCAAGUGUUCCUUUCCACUCCCCAGUUCCUACCUUAGAUUUGUGUUUUCUGAGUUGAAAACAUGGAAGCUUGUGAUGGUGGAGAUAUGGGGUUCCAACAGGUAGGCAAUGCUGUCACGAAUCGUGAGUCCAACCCAAUAUCUCAGGAAGCCUCAAUGAUGGCAAUGAGCUCAAUGGCCAUGAUUCCUAAACCCGCGAACGUGCAUCACGAUCCUUUCUUCGGCUUCGGUUGGGACCCACUUUCUUCUAUGACCCAGAACCACCAGAAUUUCGGGUGCCCGCCAGUUGUUCCUCACCGGGACUUUGCCAGUUUUCCUUUUCCUCCUCUUCCCCUCUGGGAAAAUCAAGGAAUCCCCCCACAUCUGGCUCAUUAUCCACCCCCAGAUUCAAGUUUCAUCGAUAUGGUACCAAGGGCCCCAUGUUUCGUGAGCCGAGGCUUGUCCGAUAUGGUGGGCCCCGUCGGGCUGCCCCAAAGUGGUCCAGUUGCUAAUCCAGGGCCAAAUUAUGCUUCAAAUGUUGGAGACAGUGCUAUUGAAGGGACUCGGAACACAGAAGGUGAGGCCAUGGGUUCUCCUUCCACUGAAAGGAGAAGAAAGCGCACGCCCGACUCGAGCUCUCCAUAUGACCCAAACAAGAAUACUGAAGGGGAGCCGCGGCAGGAUCAUUCAGGAGAUACUUCUGAUGUUCAAAAAGAUCAGAAUGAAAAGAAACAGAAGAUAGAGCAGACUGAGAGCGCAAAUUCUCGAGGCAAGCAAACUAAAGAUGACUCUAAUAGCCAAGAACCACCCAAGGAAAAUUACAUUCACGUGCGUGCCCGGAGAGGCCAAGCUACAAACAGUCACAGCCUCGCAGAAAGGGUGAGAAGAGAGAAGAUUAGUGAGAGGAUGAGAAUGCUCCAGGAACUCGUCCCAGGAUGUAAUAAGAUUACUGGGAAGGCGGUGAUGCUUGAUGAAAUCAUUAAUUAUGUGCAGUCAUUGCAACAACAAGUUGAGUUCCUGUCCAUGAAACUUGCCACUCUACUUCCAGAUCUGAGCAUCGACUUGGAAAGGGUUCUGUCCAAAGAAAUUCUCCAAGCACGUGGAAGAGACGCACUAGCUCGUGGACUGGGUCCUGGGACCGGCCUGCCACUCCCUUACAGUAAUGCCCCGGGAAUCCUUCAAGGCGCUUUGCCCAGCACGAGCCAGUACCCUCCCUUGCCUCAGGGACCCUUAGAUAAUGAACUCCAAACUCUCUUUCAGAUGGGCUUUGACUCCAAUUCGGCUCAUGACCUAUUGAAACAAAAUGGGAGAUUAAAGCCAGAGCAGUGAAUUCCGGACGACAAGGCAAUAGGGUGGUCUAAUUCUUUCCUGUUAACAGUUUCUGAUAUUUCAAGCUGACUGCAGAUUUGGUUCGGAGGAUGAGGGAGUUAUUAAAAGGGACAAAAAGAAGGAAGAAAAGGAAGGGCUGUACAGAUUUUAUCAGCUCCUAAUUGUGUGUUUCUUCAAAGUUUUAGUUGAAGAAAAUUACAUGGAAAUCUAGCAGAUUGUCAUGUAUAAUUGGACAGCGGAGACUGAAUCCCGAUUGUUGAGUGAAGAUUUAUUAUGUAUUUAGUUGUCUUAAUUCUGUGA